AAAGCAGCCUAUAAGGGUGGGUUGAUAGCGACAGUGACCACCUUCUGCCCACAUCGAAGAUCUCCAGAGUGGGACACAAUAAGGCCAGAGAGAUAAUAAGGCGAAGAGAGAGAUGCAAAACAUCCGGGCCUAUGUGUGACAUCACCCUCUCCUCGCAGCGUCCUUCAAGGCUUCCAAUCAAAAGUGAAAGCAAGAACGCUACUUUUCUGCGCAUCUAAACCCUAAACCUGUGUAUUUAAACGGCCUCGUAUUUUGAGGGGCACCGGGCCUCCAGGAUGAGUUUCCAUGAAGACAGAGAAGAGGAGGACACUGCCUCGAAAUGGUGUUCAUCGUCUCCUGCCUUCAAUAAUACAACAGUGGACUCUGAUGAUUACCAAAGUGUCAACAAAAGGAAUAGACAGAACUCUCCUGAACCAAGUGGUGUGUCUGUGAAGAGUAACAACUCCAUGGAUUUUAACCCGCCAAAAUUCAGCAUGGAACCAGUGCCCUCUAAUCAUUCGGGCCAAAUGGAUGGCACAGAUACAAUCAGCUCUUCUUCUAGAUCCCAUUAUCAGACCCACGUUGGGCAGGAGAACAAAAAAUCAGUCCUACAGACACACGCACUGGAGACUACAGACCUGCAGACAUGCAAAGACCAGAACAAAACCAGCAUGAAGAACAAGUAUGAGAGAUUAUUUGAGGGAAUCAAAAUUCAAGAGAAUCAAACCCUCCUGAACAGGAUCUAUACACAGCUCUACAUCAUAGAGGGGGAGAGUGAAGGAGUGAAUAAAGAACAUGAGGUUUUACAGAUGGAGAAAACAUCCAGAACAUAUGACUCACAAGACAUUUCAAUCUACUGCAAUGACAUCUUUAAAGCCUCACCUAAACCAGGAUCUGAGGAGAAAGACCAGAUCAAGACUGUUCUUACUAAAGGCAUCGCUGGAAUCGGAAAAACCGUUUCUGUGCAGAAGUUCAUUCUGGACUGGGCCGAGGGAAAAGCCAAUCAAGAUGUAGAUUUCAUUUUUGUUCUUCCAUUUCGAGAGCUGAACUUGAUCCGACAUCAUCAGUAUAGUCUUCACAGACUUCUGCUGGACUUUCAUCCUGAACUUCAAGAUCUGGACUCAAAGAUUUAUGAGGAGUGUAAAGUUGUGUUCAUCUUUGAUGGUCUAGAUGAAAGCAGAAUCACACUGAUGUUUUCAGAUGAUCAGAAAGUUUGUGAUGUGACUGAGACUUCAUCAGUGAGUGUGUUGAUGACAAACCUCAUGAAAGGAGAGCUGCUUCCCUCUGCUCUCAUCUGGAUCACCUCCAGACCAGCAGCAGCCAAUCAGAUCCCCUCCAAAUACAUCAACCGUCUGACAGAAAUUCAGGGAUUCACUGAGCUUCAGAAGGAGGAAUAUUUCAGGAAGAGAAUCAGUGACCAGCAUCAAGCAAGCAGAAUCAUCUCACUUAUUAGAAGAGCAAGAAGCAUCCACAUUAUGUGUCACAUCCCUGUCUUCUGCUGGAUCUCAUCCACUGUGCUUCAGAAGCUCCUGGAAGAAGAUCUGAAUGCAGAAAUGCCUCAAACUCUGACUGAAAUGUACAUCCACUUCCUGCUGAUUCAGAUUAACAUGAGGAACCAGAAGUAUGAAGAGAGAGAUCCAGAGAAACUCCUGCAGUCUAACAGAGAAGUAAUUGUGAAACUUGCUGAAGUAGCUUUCAAACAACUGAUGAAGGGUAAUGUGAUGUUCUAUGAGGAGGACCUGAUUGAGAGCGGCAUUGACAUCACUGAUGCCUCAGUGUAUUCUGGGAUUUGUACUGAGAUCUUUAAGGAGGAGUCUGUGAUUCAUCAGAGAAAAGUCUACAACUUCAUUCAUUUGAGUGUUCAGGAGUUUCUUGCAGCUUUUUAUGUUUUUCACUACAAUUUAUGCACAGUCAUGAAGACACUAACCUUUUUUGCGCUCCAUAAUUUGCUUAAAGGAGCAGUAGAUGCAUCCAUAAAAAGUGAGAAUGGACACCUGGAUCUGUUCCUGCGGUUCCUGCUGGGCAUCUCACUGGAAUCCAAUCAGAGACUCUUACAGGAUCUACUGACACAUACAGAGAACAGCUCAGAGAGCAUCACAGAAGCCACACAGUACAUUAAAGAAAAGAUCAGAGAUGGACAUGGACUCUCCACUGAAAGAUCCAUCAAUCUGUUCCUCUGUCUGCUGGAAGUGAAAGAUCAGACUCUGUCCAGAGAGAUUCAAGAUUUUGUGAAAUCAGACAAACACUCAGAGAAGAAACUCUCUCCUGCUCACUGCUCAACCAUUGCCUACAUGCUUCAGAUGUCAGAGGAAGUGUUGGAUGAGCUGGAUGCUCAGACAUACAACACUUCAGAUGAGGGCAGAAGAAGACUGUUACCAGCUGUGAUCAACUGCAGAAAAGCUCUUUUUCCUGGCUGUAAUCUCACUGCUCAGCAUUGUGAAAUUGUGUCAUCAGCUCUCAAAUGCUCAGACUCUGUCCUGAGAGAGCUGGAUCUGACUAACAAUGACUUGCAGGAUUCAGGAGUGAAGCUGCUCUCUGAUGGACUGAAGAGUCCAAACUCUCAGCUGGAGAUACUGAGGUUGUCAGGCUGUAUGGUGACGGAGGAAGGCUGUGGUUAUUUGUCUUCAGCUCUGAGUUCAAACCCCUCACACCUGAGAGAGCUGGAUCUGAGCUACAAUCACCCAGGAGAUUCAGGAGUGCAGCUGCUCAAACACAAACUGGAGGAUCCCAACUAUGAACUGAAGAUACUCAACGUGGACCAUGGAGGAGAGCUGAUGAAGACAGCAGGACUAAAAAAGUAUGCCUGUACUCUCACACUGGAUCUAAACACCAUAAACUCGUAUCUAAUGCUGUCUGAAGAGAACAGGAAGAUCACACAUGUGACAGAGAAACAGCCGUAUCCUGAUCAUCCAGAGCGAUUUGAUGCUUGGUAUCAAGUUCUGUGUGAAGAGAGUUUGUCCCAACGCUGUUACUGGGAGGUUGAAUGGAAUGGAUGGGCUUAUAUAGCAGUGUCAUACAAAGAAAUCUGCAGGAAAGGAGGGAGGGACUGUAGGUUUGGACGCAAUGAAAAGUCAUGGAUUCUGUUCUGCUCUAAUAACAGAUUUACUGUCUGUCAUGAUAAUAAGUUCAUAGACAUCGGUGUCCCUUCACCUUUGUUUAACAGAGUAGGGGUGUAUCUGGACUGGUCAGCUGGUACUCUGUCGUACUUCAGCGUCUCUGACACACACACACUCACACACUUACACACAUUCAACACCACAUUCACUCACCUCUACGCUGGAUUCAGGGUUUAUGAAUCCUCAUUGUCUUUGUGUCAGAUUUGAAAGCACAGACACACAAAUAGCUUCUUGUAUCCUUGUCUCUUCUCACGUUUGUUUGGUUGUGGUGACAUUGUUUGUGGACCAGGACAAAGUUGUCGGCGAUUCUUCCUGUUUUAAAGUCCUGCAGAGACUUACAGUGAAAAGAUCUGUGACCCUACUACUUUUUAAAUUGUGCAUUCUGAAUUCGGCAUUAAACUACUUCAGUCUGUGUGCAUUGAGUUCAUUUAAUACAAGAGUUUCACAAUUUGAGUGGAAUUACUAAAAUAAAUUAACUUUUCCACAACAUUUAUUGAGAUGCACCUGCAUUUUUUGUAACAGUAGUUCAUUCAUAAUUAACUUGUAACAGUGAAUGUAUUUUAUGUUUUAAAUAAUUUUGUAAUAAUUGCCAAUGAGUUGUUUACGCUGCUACACACGGAAUGUAAAAAUUAAGACACUUUUCCGUAAAAUCUGAAAGUGAGUUGCACUUAAAGAACAGUAUUUUAUAAUUUUAUAGUUAUAUAUAAUUGAUGUAAGACAUUGUCACUUAUCACUUAUCCAGACCUCUUCCAGAGACCUUGGCAUUGUUUCAUAUUAUAAAUAUAUUAUUUUCUAGGAGCUAAGGCUGAUAUAGCAGUGACCUAUAAAGCACUCAGCAGGAAAGGAGGGAACAAUUGUUGGUUUGGAUGCAGUUAUAAAUCCUGGAGUCUGUACUGUGAAAACAGACUUCUAAAACUACAAUUAUAAGUAGUUUGCAUGUUGUUUUGUUGCUUCCUUGACACGUAAUGUUGCGAUUUUACAGUUUUCUGUUUAUAUUGUUUUAUAUUUCUUUUGGAUUUGUCAAAAAGUUUGGUCAAGUAAGCUAACUGUGUGUUGUUUUCAUAUUGCAAAAUAUAAAGUAAUUGGACUGAAUCAAGCUGAUUUUAAUUGGCUGAAAGUGAAAGUGAAAAUUAUUGAUUUCAUGGUCGAAUCAGGUGAAAAUAUUUUCAAUGUAACAGCUGCAUGGUUUAAUACAGAUAUAUUGGUUUUAUUCAAUAAAUCUUUGCACAUGGUGAAUCAC